CACUCUCUCCUGCUCCCAAGGCGGCGCAGCUGAAACCUCUCCGCAGAGGGGUUCGCGGCGCGCACACAAAGGGCGCGGGGGAGGCGCGGCGGGAGCGGACAGCUGGGGGCUGGCGGGUCCCGCGCGGCCCCAGCCGACCCCAGAGGCCAGCUCUUUCUGGUCGAGAGCCAAGCGCCGGGCGGCCGCUGCGGAGGGCUGGGAGGAGGGCGCCUGUCCUUUGGGAGGCGGCCGCCCGGGGGCCAGUUGGGCGCGCGUGGGAAACGCUCGCCUUGAGUUAGGAAGGCAUUGGGGCUGAAGCCGAGGAAGGAGGAGGUGGAGAGGGGAGUGUGUGGCGGGCGGGUCCCUCAAAGCCUGAGGAGUUGGUGGGAAGCCGACUCGGGCUGAUUCCAGGACGCACCUCUUCGGAGAAGGGUCCCGUGUCCUCCGCCGCCACAUCCAGGCAGCGGCCGUCGGGCAGCCGGCGCUGGCCGCCUCGGCCGCUAGGGAGACGCACUCGAGGCGGUGAUGGUGGAGCGGCCAGCCGGGGCACGGCGCUGGGGUCCCACCCGCCCGCGCUCCGUCUCCGCUGUGCCGGGCGCUCCCCGCCAGGGGGCGGCGCAGCGCGGGACGAGCGGGCGGCGGCUGGCAGCGGUGCGGUGGCGGGGUCGGUAGGGGAGCGGGCUUGGAGUCACCGCCUCACCUGGGCACGUCGUCGUCCCCCGGCGCCUUGUGGAAUCCAGGGUCUGCGGAGCCCGCAUGGUCUGCACUUCGAACUUCCCAUGUUUGAUAUGUUGCCCUUUGGAGACAAAACCAGAGAAAUGGUCAAUGCCUGGUUUGCUGAGAGAGUCCACACCAUCCCUGUGUGCAAAGAAGGUAUCAGAAGCCACACAGAAUCUUGCUCUUGCCCCUCGCAGCAGAGUCCCCGUGCAGAUAGCAGUGCACCUGGAACACCAACCAGGAAAAUCUCUGCCUCCGAAUUUGACCGGCCUCUUAGACCCAUUGUUGUCAAGGAUUCUGAGGGAACCGUGAGCUUCCUCUCUGACUCAGAAAAGAAGGAACAGAUGCCUCUAACCCCCCCAAGGUUUGAUAAUGAUGAAGGGGACCAGUGCUCAAGACUCUUGGAAUUAGUGAAAGAUAUCUCUAGUCAUUUGGAUGUCACAGCCUUAUGUCACAAAAUUUUCUUGCAUAUUCAUGGACUUAUCUCUGCCGAUCGCUAUUCCCUGUUCCUUGUCUGUGAGGACAGCUCCAACGACAAGUUUCUUAUCAGCCGCCUGUUUGAUGUUGCAGAAGGUUCAACACUGGAAGAAGCUUCAAAUAACUGUAUCCGCUUAGAAUGGAACAAAGGCAUUGUGGGACACGUGGCAGCAUUUGGUGAGCCCUUAAACAUCAAAGAUGCUUACGAGGAUCCUCGGUUCAAUGCAGAAGUUGACCAAAUUACAGGCUACAGGACACAAAGUAUUCUUUGUAUGCCGAUUAAGAAUCAUAGGGAAGAGGUUGUUGGUGUAGCCCAGGCCAUCAACAAGAGAUCGGGAAAUGGUGGGACAUUCACUGAAAAAGAUGAAAAGGACUUUGCUGCCUAUUUGGCAUUUUGUGGUAUUGUUCUUCAUAAUGCUCAACUCUAUGAGACUUCACUCCUGGAGAACAAGAGAAAUCAGGUGCUGCUUGACCUUGCUAGCUUAAUUUUUGAAGAACAGCAAUCAUUAGAAGUAAUUCUAAAGAAAAUAGCUGCCACUAUUAUCUCUUUCAUGCAGGUGCAGAAAUGCACCAUUUUCAUAGUGGAUGAAGAUUGCUCCGAUUCUUUUUCUAGUGUGUUUCACAUGGAGUGUGAAGAAUUAGAAAAAUCAUCAGAUACUUUAACAAGGGAGCGUGAUGCAAACAGAAUCAAUUACAUGUAUGCUCAGUAUGUAAAAAAUACUAUGGAACCACUUAAUAUCCCAGAUGUCAGUAAAGACAAAAGAUUUCCCUGGACAAAUGAAAACACAGGAAGCGUAAGUCAACAGUUCAUUAGAAGUUUGCUUUGUACGCCUAUAAAAAAUGGAAAGAAGAAUAAAGUGAUAGGGGUUUGCCAACUUGUAAAUAAGAUGGAGGAGAAUACUGGCAAGGUUAAGCCUUUCAACCGAAAUGACGAACAGUUUCUGGAGGCUUUUGUCAUCUUUUGUGGCUUGGGGAUCCAGAACACACAGAUGUAUGAAGCAGUGGAGAGAGCCAUGGCCAAGCAAAUGGUCACACUGGAGGUUCUGUCGUAUCACGCUUCAGCAGCAGAGGAAGAAACAAGAGAGCUCCAAUCCUUAGCGGUUGCUGUUGUACCAUCUGCUCAGACACUUAAAAUUACUGACUUCAGUUUCAGUGACUUUGAGCUGUCUGACCUAGAAACGGCACUGUGUACAAUUCGGAUGUUCACUGACCUCAACCUUGUGCAGAACUUCCAGAUGAAACAUGAGGUUCUUUGCAGGUGGAUUUUAAGUGUUAAGAAGAAUUACCGGAAGAAUGUUGCCUAUCAUAAUUGGAGACACGCCUUUAAUACAGCUCAGUGCAUGUUUGCUGCUCUAAAAGCAGGCAAGAUUCAGAACAAGCUGACCGACCUAGAGACACUCGCCCUGCUGAUUGCUGCUCUCAGCCACGACUUGGACCACCGUGGUGUGAAUAACUCUUACAUACAGCGAAGUGAACACCCACUUGCUCAGCUCUACUGCCAUUCGAUCAUGGAGCAUCAUCACUUUGACCAGUGCCUGAUGAUUCUUAAUAGUCCAGGCAAUCAGAUUCUCAGUGGCCUCUCCAUCGAAGAAUAUAAGACCACGCUGAAAAUAAUCAAGCAAGCUAUUUUAGCUACAGACCUAGCGCUGUAUAUUAAGAGACGAGGAGAAUUUUUUGAACUUAUAAGAAAAAAUCAAUUCAACUUGGAAGAUCCUCAUCAAAAAGAGUUGUUUUUAGCGAUGCUGAUGACAGCUUGUGAUCUCUCUGCAAUUACAAAACCCUGGCCUAUUCAACAACAGAUAGCAGAACUUGUAGCAACUGAAUUUUUUGACCAAGGAGACAGAGAGAGAAAAGAACUCAACAUAGAGCCUGCUGAUCUGAUGAACAGGGAGAAGAAAAACAAAAUCCCAAGUAUGCAAGUUGGGUUCAUAGAUGCCAUCUGCUUGCAACUAUAUGAGGCCUUGACCCACGUUUCUGAGGACUGUUUCCCUUUGCUGGAUGGCUGCAGGAAGAACAGGCAAAAAUGGCAGGCUCUUGCAGAACAGCAGGAGAAAAUGCUGAUUAAUGGGGAAAGCAGCCAGGCCAAGCGGAACUGAGUGGCCUAUUCAAGCAGAGUUGAAGUUUACAGAUGGUGUAUUCUGCAGUUUGUCUAGUUUUGCCACAUACUGUACAGAUUUAGUGUAUACUUUGCCACUGCUGUAUUUUUAUUUUUGCACAACUUUUAAGAACAUAGCAUGAAAUGUUUUUAGGGGACUAUUACAUAUUUUCUGUAUAUUUGUUUUAUGCCACUGAUCUGAGAUUAUCAAUGAUACCCACUCUUAGCACAUGGAUAAGAGCGCUGUUUGUGAUACUUUGUGUACUGCAAAGUGCAAGUUGAAUUCUUGCACUGAGAUUGUUUUGUUAUUCGUUGUUUUGGGGGUUUUGUUUUCUGUUUUUUGGGGUUUUUUGCUUGGGGAUUUUAAAUAAUUGUUUUUGUGUUUUCUGAAUUAUCAAUCUUGUAAAGAAUGUUUGGAAUCUUUUUUUUCUCAAAAAUAGGCUAGGAGAAAAUUGAAUGUAUUCUGUGACAUUUAAAACUUUCAAAAGAAAGUGUUGUUGGCUGAGUGGAUUUUAAGGUGAAAGGAUACUAUUUGUCAGCAAUGUAUUGCAUUAACAAAAAAAGCUAAAA